CAGAGCCUGAACUCUGUGAUUGACAGCAGGAUGGACCAAUGGGGAAGAGAUGUUGCCAGAGCGAUCGAGCUGCUGGAGAAGUUACAACGAAGCGGCAACGUUCCCCCGCAGAAACUGCAGACACUGCAGCGAGUUCUUCAGAGCAAGUUCUGCUCUGCCAUCCGAGAGGUGUACGAACAGCUUUACGAGACACUCGACAUCAGUGGCAGUCCUGAGAUCCGAGCCCACGCAACAGCCAAGGCAACAGUUGCAGCUUUCGCAGCCAGUGAGGGACACGCACAUCCCAGAGUUGUGGAACUUCCUAAAACAGAAGAGGGCCUUGGUUUCAACAUAAUGGGUGGAAAGGAACAGAACUCCCCAAUCUAUAUAUCCCGUAUUAUACCUGGAGGGGUAGCAGACAGACACGGAGGUCUUAAACGGGGCGACCAGUUACUCUCAGUAAACGGCGUGAGCGUGGAGGGCGAGCAGCAUGAGAAGGCCGUAGAGUUGUUGAAAGCUGCGCAAGGCACGGUGAAGUUGGUGGUGCGAUACACGCCUAAAGUCCUGGAAGAGAUGGAGGCACGCUUUGAGAAAAUGAGGACGGCUCGCCGCAGGCAGCAACACAACAGCUACUCGUCACUGGAAUCCAGAGGAUAGCCGGUUUGAUCUCCUGUUUCCAGAGGUGGGCCUGGUACCAAGCAUGUGAUACAGCUGUUGUGCGUGUAGCUAAGUGACCCUCCCUCCCUGUUACUGUAGCUCUGACCGUGACAAUCGCUGCAAGCUUAGUUAAUGUGAAACAGGACGUAACCUUUUCACAAAUAAAUGUUCAGCACAUGUUAGGGAGUUGGGUGGGUCAAAAAGAAUUGUUUAUGUUCCAGAAUAUGUAUCUUGACACGUCCUUGGUGUUUACGUCCUCACACACCAAAGUAAAAUACUGCAGAUACUGGAAAUCUAAAGCAGAAACAGGAAAUACUCAGCUAUUGAGGCAGCAGCUGUGGAGACAAACCAAGUUGAUGUUUUACCUCAGUGAUUUAUUAACUGUUUCUGACUACUCAAAGCGUUAACUCUGUUUCUCUCUGCACUGCCAGACCUGCUGAGUAUUUCCAGCAUUUCUCUUUUCUUAUUAUAGAUCAGUACGUCGUGGGUUUGGAAGCAAGUAGCAAAAGCGACAGAAGUUUUUCAGUGAAGUUAAUACCUCUCUAAAUGAUGAGGAUUAAAGGUAGCAAAAGUCCAUAAUUGUGGUAAGUCACUUAUUUAAAUAGUCAAGUGUGAAUAGAUACUGUUAAAUGACUGACAAAAGUAAAAAAUUACUGGAAAAGCUCAGCAGGUCUGGCAGCAUCUGAGGAAGGGUCACUCCACCUGAAACGUUAAUUCUGAUUUCUCUCCGCAGAUGCUGCCAGACCUGCUGAACUUUUCCAGCAAUUUCUAUUUUUGUCACUGUUAAAUGACUGGUUUGUUGUCAGUUAUAUUUCCCUGCGCUGAAUGGGUCUUUCACAUUGAAAUCUAAAGCACUAAGCACUAUUUUAGCUCUACUGUUUGAAAUAUCUAUUUGGCAUUCUGAACUCCGCAAGUCAAGCCUUUAAGUGACGCAAGUUAUGCAUUUUGGAUCAAGAUUGAAAGUUCACCUUUGCUGUCAUCUAUUAUUAAAAUUUGCAAUUUUAACGCAGGAGCAAGAAAUUUGUUCAAUUUAAAGUUCCAUCUUCAGCUACAUUAGAUUGGAGAAGGAAGGUUCAACAGCCAGGGUCAGACUGAUGGAGGCCAAUGUAACGUGACUGGGCCCCAGUUACCUGAAAUUUGUUAACUUCUGAUGAAUUGACAAAGGGAAUAUUUGAAUAGUUUGGAAUUCUGAAGGGAAUUGCAGCAAUGCGUGGGGCAAUGUUUAAAUGUUAACUUAUAAAUAACACUUAGUUGUUAUUAUGGAAUGUGCCGGGCAUUUUUGGGAAACAUUUCAAUCCCAGUAGUUUAGCGUAUGAUCUCUUCCCCACUCUUCGCUCCCCCAGGCAGAAAUGUCUGGUUAGCAAUUGUGUUGCUGCAGCAUGUCUUUUAUUUGUGCCUGAUUGAGUACACAUCUUGAUCCAGUUUACUUGAAAUAUAAUUGACCUGAUCUUAACUUAGCUUCACAUAUUCUAGGAACUCAUAAAAGGGAGUGCUUUGUAACUUAGCUCAGGCCUUUUGGAUUUUAACCCAGAUGCUGAACUGUUCUCCACUUAAGCUAGAUGUGUACAGUGGCCUGCCUUGGUUUAUGUCGGCCUUAUGAUUGACAUUCCUUCGCCAAGCAGCGAUGGUACUGGGCAUGGUCACUCCAUGCAACCUCCACUUUGGUUUUAACGUGUUAAAGUGCUGUGUGGCUGAGCAGUCUAAGGUGCUGGACUCAAGCUCCGAUCAAAUUGUGGGUUUGAAUCCCAUUGCUGCAACAUUUUAGGGGCUCUUGUGUCUGUGCCAGAGGCCUAGGUUCAAGACUCACCUGUUCGAGAGGUGUGUUAUAAUAUGUAUGAAUAAAUUGAUGACAAAAAGACCUACUGUUAGCCAUGCUGGUCAAGGAAUAAAGUAUUUACGAUUCCCUUGCGGUUUAGCGGUUAGGAUUCAGCACUUUUACCACUGUAGCCAGGCUUCAAUUCUCAGUCAAGGAAUGAGGGCUUAUGCAUUGUAUUGAUUUAUACUGCUCUUAUUGUCCGGUGGUAGCGUCCCUGACUCUGAGCUGGAAGGCCUGGUUUUGGGUCCUACCUGUUCCACAAGUGUGCCUGAAAGGGUUGAGUAAAAAUUAUUCAGAAAUGCAGGGAUUAUAAUUGUCACCUGUUACCCAUCCUUGCUUGUUAUUGGGAGCCUGGUGGCUAAUCAUGUCCAAUUGGCUAUUACUAGUUCCAAUGCCCAUUGUACUUCCUUGCUGGCUGGUUACGGUCAUGACCAACCUGUCCUAAUCACUGAUGGUUAUUGCAGUGGCCAGUGAACCCACUUUACUGAACAAGCAGUUGACUAAUUAAAAUGCAAUAAGCACUGUUUUAGAGAGAUGUACAGCAGGAAGUAAGUGGCACACCUUUCUGCCACAGUUGUAGAGCUUAUUAGAGUCAACGUUUUCAAGAAAAUAAAAUCACAGCCUAAACCUUGGAGGAGUUAUAAAUGGAAUUUGGAAUUUUCCUUUGGAAUUACAUUGCAUUGAUCUGCAUUUUGAAGUUUGUUUGACUGAUGCUCUUCAAUGCAGCUGCUGCUUAUUUUGUUUUAAAACUGGAGUGUUGGAAGUAUCCAACUCCUUACAGAAUAUGAACAGACAAACUCUAAUAAGCAGUGAAUGGCAAAACUGAGCACCUCAAUCUAUAUGCAGAAUAUACAACACAGAAACAGGCCAUUCAGCCCCUCAGGCCUAGGCUGAUCUUCAUGCUUCAAAGGAGCCUCCACUGUCAUCUCAGCAUAUCCUGCCUUCUCCUUUGUGUGUUUAUCUAGAUUCCCCAGCAUCUAAACCACUCCUUGUGGUGACGUGAUCCAUAUCCCCAUCACUCCCUGGAUAAAGAGGCUUCUUCUGAAUUCCUGAUUGGAUUAAUUAGCAACAAUCAUGGUUCAGUUCUAACACGUAGAGAUACCUCUAAGAUAUCAAUUCCCUGCAUAAUCUUUAUCGGGACUCUCCUCAGCUUUAUUUUUUUUGAAAGAAAAGAGCCCCUCUCAUGUCUGAUAGUUUUGAUCUCUUGAGUUUUCACAUAUUGAUUCCCAACCCUCCAAAUUCUGCUGCCUUUGGUUACACACAGAGUUUGCCUUGUCCGAACGAGUUGGUUAUUGC